CCCAAAUAUAAAUCGACAUUUUGUACAGGUUUACAGAAAAUAUACUCCAAAAUUCAGCCGGUUUCAAGUUUCAAAAGAAUUUUAUGGCUACGCUGAGCCAGAAGCGUCAACAAAUGAUAUUAUUAAUCCAGUAAAUUUAGCUUCACUGUCCACUAUGUAUGCAACAUCUCAAGAAACUACCCCUCAGUUAUCAUUUUUAAAUGAUAAUGAGUCGUUUAUUGAAGAAAUGUACGAGGAUAAUGUAUUAAAUAACAAUCUUGGUGUACCGUUAACCGUUGUUGUAACAAAGACGGACUUAAUGAAGAUAAUGAUCAAAGAAAAUCAAUAUUCAGAAGAACAUUUUGAUUUUAUACAAAUGCAUAUACGACGAUUUUGUCUUUCGUAUGGAGCAGCAUUAUUUUAUGUGUCAGUGAAAGAAGAUAAAAACUGUGAUUUACUAAAUCGUUACAUUCGGCAUCGUAUUUAUGGGUUUCCUUUUAGUCAAAGUGCAUAUAUAGUAGAAGGAGAUUGUAUUUUCAUUCCAGCAGGUUGGGAUAAUCAUAAAAAGAUUAAUAUCCUAGGUGAUAAUUUAACAAAAAUCAAUGCACAGCAUCCUUUUUCUACCGUUAUCCCAAGACCAGUACCACGUAAAGCAAUUCACAGAGAACCAGAGAUAAUGGCCAUUGAUGAACAGGCUUUUCUCCUUCGACUUUCAACAAUCAAAGAAAACGAGAACAUAGAUCCUAACAUGCUAAAAGAAUUCUUAGGCUCUGGGGGUUUACCGUCCAAUUCAAAACAGCCUGCAAAUAGUUUUAAAAUUGGGUCAGGUGCUAAAACCAUGGAUGAUAACAGUCGUUUACCGGUCAGUCCAACCCCUAUAUUUCGUACAAAAAUUUCUCCAGUAGGUCCAACAAAUAAUUUAACUAGCACUCCUAUACAAGGUACUUCAGAUGGCGUACUAGCUGAUUUCUUUUCAAAUCUGCUUAAAAAGCGACCAGUUGUAAAUAACACUACUGGAGAAACGUCUACUGAGCCUCAGCUUCAACGUACAUCACUAUCAUCAGACCAAAAAGACAAACAACAAGACAACAUGGAUACAAGUGUAAAAUGUUCAAGGAACAGCAUAGAUCAAGAUGGGGAAAAACUUUUCACUAUUGGGAUUACAGAAAAACACACAGAGUACGCGAAAGUGGAAACAGAUUUUAACGACAUUACCAAACAAAACGAAUACACGGAGACUGAUCAUGAAAAAGUGAAAAACGAGAGUGACGAGACAACAAAUAAUGCGUCAGGAAAACUAGAAAAAGAUGAACCCCAAAAGAAGCAACAAUAUGAGAUAACAAAAGGGAAAAAAACAAAAACAAUGGAAGAAAAUAAUGGACGCGAAGAGUCCGAAAAAUUAGUAAGGUACAAUGAAAAUAUACAGUCAAAAAGUGAAAAUAUAAAUAGCGAGAUACACGAGACGAGUAAUCAGGAUCUACAAACUCAAAACAAAACUCCCACUGAACUCAGAGAAAAAAUUGGUGAAGUGGAUAGUUCACAAAAAUUCGACGCUCCUUUGGUCGCCUGUAUGAAUGCGUCGAAGGCACACUUAGAUCCAAUGACUGAUCAACCACCUGUUGUCGAGUUGUCACAAACAUCAGAUAAUCUGACUGACCACAUUGACACAGAGCAUCUAAACAACCAACUCCACACCUCUCCUGACAACACAAAUCCCACUGAUCUCAACGACGAAAUCAAUGAAGUGGACAGUGCACCGAACUCCGAGUCGACAAUUGUUCCGAGUCACAUAUCUCCAUUGUUAGGACACACCUCGGAAACCAGUAUCACUACAAUUCGCAGUGACACGAUGACUGAAGGUCGUUCUGACGAGAACCACGAACUACCUGAGACUAGUCAUCAGGACCUCCAAAAUCAAAACAAAACUCCCACUGAACUCAGAGAAAAAAUUGGUGAAGUGGAUAGUUCACAAAAAUUCGACGCUCCUUUGGUCGCCUGUAUGAAUGCGUCGAAGGCACACUUAGAUCCAAUGACUGAUCAACCACCUGUUGUCGAGUUGUCACAAACAUCAGAUAAUCUGACUGACCACAUUGACACAGAGCAUCUAAACAACCAACUCCACACCUCUCCUGACAACACAAAUCCCACUGAUCUCAACGACGAAAUCAAUGAAGUGGACAGUGCACCGAACUCCGAGUCGACAAUUGUUCCGAGUCACAUAUCUCCAUUGUUAGGACACACCUCGGGAACCAGUAUCACUACAAUUCGCAGUGACACGAUGACUGAAGGUCGUUCUGACGAGAAUCACGAACUACCUGAGACUAGUCAUCAGGACCUCCAAAAUCAAAACAAAACUCCCACUGAACUCAGAGAAAAAAUUGGUGAAGUGGAUAGUUCACAAAAAUUCGACGCUCCUUUGGUCGCCUGUAUGAAUGCGUCGAAGGCACACUUAGAUCCAAUGACUGAUCAACCACCUGUUGUCGAGUUGUCACAAACAUCAGAUAAUCUGACUGACCACAUUGACACAGAGCAUCUAAACAACCAACUCCACACCUCUCCUGACAACACAAAUCCCACUGAUCUCAACGACGAAAUCAAUGAAGUGGACAGUGCACCGAACUCCGAGUCGACAAUUGUUCCGAGUCACAUAUCUCCAUUGUUAGGACACACCUCGGGAACCAGUAUCACUACAAUUCGCAGUGACACGAUGACUGAAGGUCGUUCUGACGAGAAUCACGAACUACCUGAGACUAGUCAUCAGGACCUCCAAAAUCAAAACAAAACUCCCACUGAACUCAGAGAAAAAAUUGGUGAAGUGGAUAGUUCACAAAAAUUCGACGCUCCUUUGGUCGCCUGUAUGAAUGCGUCGAAGGCACACUUAGAUCCAAUGACUGAUCAACCACCUGUUGUCGAGUUGUCACAAACAUCAGAUAAUCUGACUGACCACAUUGACACAGAGCAUCUAAACAACCAACUCCACACCUCUCCUGACAACACAAAUCCCACUGAUCUCAACGACGAAAUCAAUGAAGUGGACAGUGCACCGAACUCCGAGUCGACAAUUGUUCCGAGUCACAUAUCUCCAUUGUUAGGACACACCUCGGGAACCAGUAUCACUACAAUUCGCAGUGACACGAUGACUGAAGGUCGUUCUGACGAGAAUCACGAACUACCUGAGACUAGUCAUCAGGACCUCCAAAAUCAAAACAAAACUCCCACUGAACUCAGAGAAAAAAUUGGUGAAGUGGAUAGUUCACAAAAAUUCGACGCUCCUUUGGUCGCCUGUAUGAAUGCGUCGAAGGCACACUUAGAUCCAAUGACUGAUCAACCACCUGUUGUCGAGUUGUCACAAACAUCAGAUAAUCUGACUGACCACAUUGACACAGAGCAUCUAAACAACCAACUCCACACCUCUCCUGACAACACAAAUCCCACUGAUCUCAACGACGAAAUCAAUGAAGUGGACAGUGCACCGAACUCCGAGUCGACAAUUGUUCCGAGUCACAUAUCUCCAUUGUUAGGACACACCUCGGGAACCAGUAUCACUACAAUUCGCAGUGACACGAUGACUGAAGGUCGUUCUGACGAGAAUCACGAACUACCUGAGACUAGUCAUCAGGACCUCCAAAAUCAAAACAAAACUCCCACUGAACUCAGAGAAAAAAUUGGUGAAGUGGAUAGUUCACAAAAAUUCGACGCUCCUUUGGUCGCCUGUAUGAAUGCGUCGAAGGCACACUUAGAUCCAAUGACUGAUCAACCACCUGUUGUCGAGUUGUCACAAACAUCAGAUAAUCUGACUGACCACAUUGACACAGAGCAUCUAAACAACCAACUCCACACCUCUCCUGACAACACAAAUCCCACUGAUCUCAACGACGAAAUCAAUGAAGUGGACAGUGCACCGAACUCCGAGUCGACAAUUGUUCCGAGUCACAUAUCUCCAUUGUUAGGACACACCUCGGGAACCAGUAUCACUACAAUUCGCAGUGACACGAUGACUGAAGGUCGUUCUGACGAGAAUCACGAACUACCUGAGACUAGUCAUCAGGACCUCCAAAAUCAAAACAAAACUCCCACUGAACUCAGAGAAAAAAUUGGUGAAGUGGAUAGUUCACAAAAAUUCGACGCUCCUUUGGUCGCCUGUAUGAAUGCGUCGAAGGCACACUUAGAUCCAAUGACUGAUCAACCACCUGUUGUCGAGUUGUCACAAACAUCAGAUAAUCUGACUGACCACAUUGACACAGAGCAUCUAAACAACCAACUCCACACCUCUCCUGACAACACAAAUCCCACUGAUCUCAACGACGAAAUCAAUGAAGUGGACAGUGCACCGAACUCCGAGUCGACAAUUGUUCCGAGUCACAUAUCUCCAUUGUUAGGACACACCUCGGGAACCAGUAUCACUACAAUUCGCAGUGACACGAUGACUGAAGGUCGUUCUGACGAGAAUCACGAACUACCUGAGACUAGUCAUCAGGACCUCCAAAAUCAAAACAAAACUCCCACUGAACUCAGAGAAAAAAUUGGUGAAGUGGAUAGUUCACAAAAAUUCGACGCUCCUUUGGUCGCCUGUAUGAAUGCGUCGAAGGCACACUUAGAUCCAAUGACUGAUCAACCACCUGUUGUCGAGUUGUCACAAACAUCAGAUAAUCUGACUGACCACAUUGACACAGAGCAUCUAAACAACCAACUCCACACCUCUCCUGACAACACAAAUCCCACUGAUCUCAACGACGAAAUCAAUGAAGUGGACAGUGCACCGAACUCCGAGUCGACAAUUGUUCCGAGUCACAUAUCUCCAUUGUUAGGACACACCUCGGGAACCAGUAUCACUACAAUUCGCAGUGACACGAUGACUGAAGGUCGUUCUGACGAGAAUCACGAACUACCUGAGACUAGUCAUCAGGACCUCCAAAAUCAAAACAAAACUCCCACUGAACUCAGAGAAAAAAUUGGUGAAGUGGAUAGUUCACAAAAAUUCGACGCUCCUUUGGUCGCCUGUAUGAAUGCGUCGAAGGCACACUUAGAUCCAAUGACUGAUCAACCACCUGUUGUCGAGUUGUCACAAACAUCAGAUAAUCUGACUGACCACAUUGACACAGAGCAUCUAAACAACCAACUCCACACCUCUCCUGACAACACAAAUCCCACUGAUCUCAACGACGAAAUCAAUGAAGUGGACAGUGCACCGAACUCCGAGUCGACAAUUGUUCCGAGUCACAUAUCUCCAUUGUUAGGACACACCUCGGAAACCAGUAUCACUACAAUUCGCAGUGACACGAUGACUGAAGGUCGUUCUGACGAGAAUCACGAACUACCUGAGACUAGUCAUCAGGACCUCCAAAAUCAAAACAAAACUCCCACUGAACUCAGAGAAAAAAUUGGUGAAGUGGAUAGUUCACAAAAAUUCGACGCUCCUUUGGUCGCCUGUAUGAAUGCGUCGAAGGCACACUUAGAUCCAAUGACUGAUCAACCACCUGUUGUCGAGUUGUCACAAACAUCAGAUAAUCUGACUGACCACAUUGACACAGAGCAUCUAAACAACCAACUCCACACCUCUCCUGACAACACAAAUCCCACUGAUCUCAACGACGAAAUCAAUGAAGUGGACAGUGCACCGAACUCCGAGUCGACAAUUGUUCCGAGUCACAUAUCUCCAUUGUUAGGAACUACCUCAGACAUGUUAAACAGUUUAUUACCUGAUAUUAAUACCUCGUACGUUGGUCUUUCUGCCAUUCUAGCUAACGAAAAUAAUGUGGCUGUUUUACCUGAUAUGGCUAUAUCGGGAUCUGAUUCUACAUCCAUUGUUCUUGCUGAUGCAGGAUAUUCCCAAAAUAUAUCGUCAAAUGGUAAUUCGAUUUUGUCUGAGGAUUGUUCGAUAACUGUUACUUCACCGACAAAUGAAGUAACUACAUCUCGUGCUCCUUCAGUGAUCAAUUCACCACUCUCCAUUCAAAAGUCCCUAGAAAGUAUAAAAGUUCAUUCGCGUUUGAAACCGUCGUCUUAUACGAACACCACAAUUCAGAAGAACAAAUCUUUACCGCCAAGCCCUAAACUAUUACAAAAACCAACAGUUAAACAAUACAUAAGUGGUUCACAAAGGUCACCUACAAUGACUGGACCGAAUUUUGGACAGACAAAUAUUUUAACGAAUACUAAAACAAAGUAUGCAAGUUCAACAAGUGCGAAUGCAUCACCUAAUCUUAUCAGAAAACCAUUAUCUUCCUUGUCAAAGAACACUGAUAGUAAAAAGUAG